AUGAAGGCGAAAGAAAAUCCUGUGAAAUAUCAGAUAAAUAAUGUGGAGGAGUAUUGGUACAUUGCAUUAAUUUCUCUUGGUCAUUGGGCAUCAUUUCCAUUAGAUAUAGAAGAUGAUUCCCUAGUGAAAUUCGACUUCAAUGUAUCAAUGUCUAAGCUUGAUAUGCAUAUAAUUGCUAAAUCCUACUAUAAAAUGAUAAAUCUAGCCAAAGUGAAAGUUUAA